CUGGAAGUGGAAACCCAAUCUCCGACGGAAACCGGUUUGAAGACAUUUCGAUUGCUACCUAAAAAAGAGGUAAAAUCUCUUUUUUUUUUGGGUCAAAAAAGAAGAGAAAAAGUAGUUUUCAGCGAGAGGAAAAAAGGGUUCAAGGCGUUUCUCCGCAAAUGAUGGGACAAAAGUGGGUUCGGUCAGAGGUCUCUCGAGUACCAGACAUUGUUCACUUCCUUCCUUAAAAUCUUCACCCAUUCACUAGAACACUGCACCCACACUUCGUUCCGCGUGUUCAACGGUCUUCAAAACCUUCAUUGGCUUGGAUCUGUUCUUCGACCAGAAACACUAGAAAGGAACAAGCGUGAGAGAGGUGUUUCAUUGUACACAUCACAUUUUGCAGAGACAAGAAUUAAGAUUGAGGAGAAGGAAAAGAGUGCAGGUGCUACAAUGCCUGAGUCUCGAGAAGCAUCAAACUACGAUGAAGCAUCUAUGGAGCAAAGCAUGCUUUUCUCUGAUGGUCUUAAGGACUUGAGGAAUCUGCGAACGCAGUUGUAUUCAGCAGCUGAGUACUUCGAACUAUCUUACACAACCGACGAUAAAAGACAGAUAGUUGUAGAGACACUAAAAGAUUACGCGGUGAAGGCUCUGGUGAAUACAGUUGACCAUCUAGGCUCUAUCACUUAUAAAGUCAACGACUUCAUCGAUGAGAAGGUUGAUGAAGUAGCAGAGACUGAACUAAGAGUAUCUUGCAUCGAACAGAGGCUAAGGAUGUGCCAAGAGUAUAUGGAUCAUGAAGGACGUUCACAGCAAUCACUUGUGAUUGAAACUCCAAAGUUCCAUAAACGAUACAUCUUACCAGCUGGUGAAACUAUAAAGACUACUAAUCUUGAAAAGCUUAAGUACUUUGGAAGCAGCUUAGAGGAUGCAGAUGACUGGAACCAAUUCCGAAACGCUGUGCGUGCUACAAUUCGGGAAACGCCUCCUCCUCCACCACCAGUUAGAAAAUCAAUAUCUCAGACUUCAUCUCCAAGGCAACCACCUCAAAGAUCAGCAACCUUUUCGUUUACGUCAACAAUUCAGAAGAAAGAACAAGAUAAGAGAUCAGUGUCUCCGCAUCGUUUUCCGCUACUAAGAUCAGGAUCAAUGGCUACCAGGAAGUCAGCAUCAAUCAGCAGGCCUACGACACCAAGCAAGAGCAGAUCUAUAACUCCUAUACGGUACCCAUCAGAACCGAGAAGAUCGGCUUCGGUUAGGGUCGGGCUUGAGAAAGAAAACCAGAAAGAAACAGAGCAGCAGCAACCAAGUAAGAGCAAGCGACUGCUUAAGGCUUUGCUUAGUCGACGCAAAACCAAGAAAGAUGACACUCUUUACACUUUCUUGGACGAAUACUGAGGGAGCUUUAUUUGUGGAACUGGUUUACUUAACCGGAUAUUGUCAAUUUUUUUCUAUUUAAUUAAUAAAUAUAUAUUAUAGAGAAAAUAUAUCUAUUUCAAUGUUGUUGCGAAAAUCGAUUUAUGUAAUCCUCACUAUGUUAUAUACGAAUGCAGUUUU